ACUCAAGUCUUGCAACUGUACCGGAGUUUGAUUCGAUAUGGUCAGAACCUCCAACUAACAGAUAAGCAAUACUAUUUGAGAAGAGUGAGGGAGGAGUUUCGUGCAAACAAAGAUCUGCAGGCCCCAGAAAAAAUUGAGUUUAUGUUUAAGAAGGGGCAGAGUCUGUUACAGAGGAAGAGACUUAUCUAGAAUGUUCCCAGUUUUGAAGACUCUCCGAUCAUUUGGACUUCCUUCUGGCCUGAGGAUACCUUUUCUUGCACGGUCGAAAUUUACUCCUGACACAUCCAAAGUCCCUGAACUUCAAGAAGAGGACUUGCAUGAGCAAUUUGUGAGGGGAAGUGGUCCAGGCGGGCAGUCAGUCAAUAAAUCUUCGAACUGUGUUUUGUUAAAGCACUUACCUUCAGGAAUUGUUGUUCGCUGUCAUGAAUCUCGCUCUUUGGAUCAAAACCGCAAGAUUGCUCGAGUUCGUCUCACCCAACUUUUGGACAAUUUCAUUAAUGGUGAGGAUAGUGUUGAAGCACAAACUAAAAGAGAAAAUAAAAGGGUGAGUGAAAUAACGGCUGCCAUCAAAAAGGAAAGACGGGAGAAGAUACGCAAGUUAAAAGAGUCUGUAGCAAAUGCCAAUGAUUCAAAAACAAAAAAUGAUCCUCAUGAACAUACUUGAUAAGCUUUAUGGCUUGUACUUGAAUAUGUAUCUCUUAUCCUGUCAAUAAAUAGAGUAUAGUCUAUAACUUAAAAAGGGUAUUUCAUUUUAAGCCAAAAUAGUUUUGUAUUAUUUAUUUUUUUCAGAUUUAUUUAUAGAGCACUUUUGUUGCAGUGAUGCAUUGACUUUUUUUUUCUGAUUAGGCAUGAGAACAUAGAAUCCAAUGCAUGUAACUAACAA